AUGCCUCACUCCGAGCAGAAUGACGCUCCGCUUGUCAAGCGCCAGAGAGUCGGCGCCCCAGCCAAAUCUGCCUCCCAAGCACCAAAAGGAUCCAGAAUAUUUGCGCCGUUCAGGACCGUCGGCCUGGUCUCCCCGACCACUGUUCCCUUCACAUCAAUACCCCUGGGCAAAACAACCUUCCAGAUAACCACCUCAGUGGGCCGAUCUCUCCAGACAUACGAUCUUAAGCGCGGCCUGAACCUCGUCUUCAUCACUCGUCCCCAGGCCCCCGCCGAUGUAACAGCAACAUACGCUUGGAAGGAGAAGGUAUUUGCUGCCUGGGGCGACUCGCGCAAUGGCGGCCCUCAAGGGCUCUGGAUCUUCCAGCGGGGCAAGAAGGUCGCAGAACUGCCGCUGCCCAGCGACCUUGACCAACCCAUACGGCAGAUUCUCAUUUUCGGUUCUUGGAUAGUGGCCUGCUGCUCGACGAGGAUCGAGGCAUGGAAGACCGCCACCUACGAACACUACACUACCCUGCACGCAGUGGCCUCGAAGACUGGAGACAACGAGCUGACUGGCGGCAUUUGCAACAUGCCAACCUACUUGAACAAGAUCUUUGUCGGGCGCCGGGACGGCUGGGUCGAAAUUUGGAACAUCAGUACUGGAAAACUGGUUUAUACCAUUCUGCCUCCAUCACAGAAGUGCGGCGCCGUUGCCUGCCUGGAGCCAACCCCAGCGCUAUCGCUGCUCGCGAUAUCCUAUUCGAACGGCCCUCUGAUCAUUCAUGAUGUUCUAAUGGACAAGAGAGUAGUCCAAUUAAUGGCCGGUACGGAGGAGGCACCGGUCUCUGCGAUCUCAUUUCGAACGGAUGGUCAGGGUGCAGGACAAGAUGGGCGGAAGGACGGCGUGAUGGCCACGGCAACGACGAAAAAUGGCGACAUUACGUUCUGGGACCUCAACAAAGGAGGCAGGAUCAUGGGUGUCCUUCGCAGCGCCCACAACCCGCCAGCAGUGGAGGGUGCCACCAUCGGCGGCGGAGUGAGCAAGGUUGAGUUCCUUCCCGGCCAGCCAGUUAUCAUCACCAGCGGGUUGGACAACUCCUUGAAGUCGUGGAUUUUCGACGAGAGUCCGUUCACGCCCGUACCGCGAAUCUUACAUUCACGAAGCGGACAUUCUGGGCCGGUGACACGUCUCGAAUUCCUGCCAUCCGACUUUGAUGGUUCUGAAGCUGGCAACAAAUGGCUCUUGAGUGCUGGAAAGGACCGAAGCCUCUGGGGAUGGAGUCUGCGCCGCGACGGCCAGAGCACGGAGUUGAGCCAAGGAGCCAUUCGGAAGAAAGCGAAGAAGAUUGGCAUUUUGUCUCAGUCUGCUCUCAGCCAUGGGCCGACAACCACCCUCGAUGACCUAAAAGCACCCGAGAUUACAUGUAUAUCUUCAUCGCUCAAUCGCGACGGUGGUAUGGGAGCUAUUCCUGGCAAGCAUCAAAUCUGGCAGAAAGGAAACGUCCAGAAGAGGACCGAUGCUGAGCUCAGCGCGAUGACUGGUUGGGAAAGCGUAGUCACUGGGCACAAGGACGAUCCCUAUGCACGAACUUGGUUUUGGGGUCGAAAGAGGGCCGGUCGGUGGGCGUUCCAGACAGGUGAUGGCAUGAACGUCUCCACGGUCGCCAUAAGUCCAUGCGGCACCUUCGCGCUGGUAGGCUCAGAGGGCGGCAAUAUCGACAUGUUCAACUUACAGUCAGGUGUGCACCGACAAAGGUUCCCAUCACGACUGACCCCAGCGCAAGCCAGGCAACUCAGGAUGCACCAGUUGAAACAGGCGGAUUCUGUUCAGGAGCUCCAAGCCCGGUCGAGCAUCAACUUCGCGCCAGGGACUGGAAAGCACACCAAGCCUGUGACCGGAAUUGUGGUAGAUUCGAUGAACAAGCUUGUCAUAUCAUGCUCCUUGGAUGGGACGGUGAAGUUCUGGGAACUCCUUACCGGAAAUUUACUGGAGCAGAUUGAUUGGGCUCCCAUGACAAAGGUAACGGGCUGCAGGUAUCACGCGGCGAACGACCUCAUCGCCUUUUCUUGCGACGACAAUUCCAUCCGUGUGGUGGACAUCGAAACCAAAAAGACUAUCAGAGAAUUCUGGGGCUGCAAUGGUGCGAUUAACGAUUUCUGCUUCUCAAAUGACGGUCGCUGGGUGAUCGCGGCUUCACAAGACUGCAUUGUGCGAAUCUGGGACCUCCCCACCAGCCAUCUCAUUGAUGCCUUCAAGUUCGAGACACCAUGCACGGCGCUGGCCUUUUCAGGGACCGGAGAAUACCUAGCGGUGUCGAAUGCAGACCAGUUGGGGGUGAACAUCUUCACGAACAAAGCCGUUUUCAAGCACAUUCCGACGAGACAGAUAUCGGAGAGCGAGAUCGGUCAUAUCUCGGGUCCCACAACCUCGGGCGAGGGUGGCCAGGGCUUGCUAGAGGCCGCGUUUGAAGAGUCCAGCGCAGAGGACGAGGCAGACGGUGUGGCAGCUCCAAGCCUAGACCAGCUGAGCGCUGACAUGAUGACCUUGAGUCUGGUGCCCAAGAGCAGGUGGCAGACUCUCCUGCACCUUGACCUGAUCAAGAAGCGCAACAAGCCGACAGAGGCACCAAAGGCACCCGAGAAGGCACCCUUCUUCCUGCCGUCGGCAAACGGCGACAAAGCCCAGGGUUUGAAUGCUCCAGCCAACGCGAAGGAAGAGGACGAAUCCAAAUCAAGAAUCACCAAGCUCGACUGGAGCCGAUCACAGGUGACUUUCUCGGCGAGGCUCCGCGACGGCGCUGUCAGUGGCAAAUACGACGACUUCAUCGAGCACAUGAAGUCGCUGUCGCCGUCGGCAGCCGACCUCGAGCUCCGGUCGCUGUCCAUUGGUGACGCCAGCGACAGCGAGGAGAACGAGUUGCUCCAUUUCAUCCGAGCGAUGACGGCCAGGCUGGUAGCCAGACGAGACUACGAGCUGACGCAAGCUUGGAUGACGGUGUUCUUGAAGCUGCAUUUUGAUGUCGUCAUGGAGAGUGAAGUCCUGCUAAGGGAGCUGAAGACGUGGAAGAGCCACCAGGAGAAGGAGAAGGACCGGCUUGAUACCCUCGUGGGCUACUGUGGCGGUGUCGUUGGUUUUAUCAGGAGUCCCAGGACAUAG